UUGCUAGUUUCUAGUUCUACCUUAACAACUCUCUCUCCCUCUCCCCCUCCCCCCCCCCCCCCUCUCUCUCUAUUACUGCAAGUGCAAAUUUUUAAUGGUAGCGUGAAGCAGAAGUUUGGUAUAUUGGUGUGUCUUUUGAUCUCACAUUGUUUUUCUAGAAAUGGGCAAGAAAGAACAGCAACAUCAACCACAGAAAGAUCACAAAGACAAUGAUAGAGGUGAAGCUGUUCUCGAGCUUCUAAGAAAACAUGCUCCACUCACUGUUAAACAGGAGAAGUUCUGCAACAAUGCUUGUGUGGAGAGGUUUCUAAGAGCAAAAGGUGAUAAUGUGAAGAAAGCUGCUAAGCACUUAAGGGCCUGCCUUUCUUGGAGAGAGAGUAUAGGCACUGAGAAUUUGAUAGCGGAUGAGUUCUCAGCUGAGCUUGCUGAAGGAGUUGCUUAUGUUGCUGGUCAUGAUGAAGAAUCCAGACCUGUUAUGAUUUUUCGAAUCAAGCAAGAUUACCAAAAGUUCCAUUCACAAAAACUGUUCACUCGGUUGCUAGUGUUUACACUGGAGGUGGCAAUAGGGACCAUGCCAAGAAACGCAGAACAAUUUGUUCUCCUCUUUGAUGCAAGCUUUUUCAGGUCAGCAUCGGCUUUUAUGAAUUUAUUGCUCGGAACUCUGAAAAUUGUGGCUGAGUACUACCCAGGCAGGCUUUACAAGGCUUUUGUAAUCGACCCGCCUUCUCUCUUCUCUUAUUUAUGGAAGGGUGUCCGUCCAUUUGUUGAGCUAUCAACGGUCACGAUGGUGGUAUCAUCACUGGACUUUGAAGAAUCACUGGAGUUCAAUGACUUUUCCUCCUACCCUCGAGCCUCCUCACUCCGAUUGGAUCCUUCGUCUGUCAAGUCAACGGCUAAGAUUGGCUCAUGCUCUUCCUCUAGAUUUUCCUUCACCGUGUCCCACCAUUUUGACUCCCUCAAGCCUUGGCACCUAACUUUGACUGACACGUCGGCAUCAAAAGUAGGACCAACAAACCUCUCUUCUCUGGGCCCGGCCCUCAUCUCUCCCCUCAACGCUAGAUCCUUUUCUUUUGCGUCACCAGUUGCCAGAACCCCACGUGGCAGCAUGAACGGUGGCAGCUACAGUAGGCUAGCCCAGAAAAGUCUCUUCCCAUCAACCCCGUUGCCACAGCGGGUCACCACGAGUGACACACUCAAAAUCUCUCAACCGCGGACCCCACGCCCCUCGUUCCUCCAAUCACCUGCCUUGUUUUUCAAGAAGGAGUGCCACGUCAGCAAGGCAGACAGGUCUCGAGAAUCGUUCGUGCCAUUUUUGAAGUUCUAUAGGAGGCCGUACGAUGAGAUGAUUUAUAGGUCAAAGAUGCGGCCUCCACUCGGGGGACUCAUAUCCAUUGUCUCGCCUCACAUCAAACGGCGCCACAUGUCAGUAUCUCAACGGUUUUAAACAUCGCAAAAACGCAAGGAGAAGAAAAGAGAGUACAUAGGCCUUCCACCACCACUACUUCUGCAUUUAACUAUUAUGUGUCAAAAUGUCAAUGGCAAAUGACACUAAUACAAAUAAUUUGAUUAAUUAUUUUUUUUCCAAGUUAA